GAUAACUAUUUUACAAUUUUAUCAGUCUUAUUUAAAAAAAUCAUUCGGUAAAAUGCGACGUUGGCGUUUUUAUAGUUUUGAAACAGCUAGUACCUAACAUAAUACAUAACACAUGGGAUAGGUAGUGCUUGUGUUACUUUAAUAAUGCAGAUAUUACAUUAAUAGAUACGGUGUAGCUAAUUGUAUGCAUAAAGGUAUGCAUAGAGGUGGAGGUGAUCUUGUCAGCUGUUAUGGUAGAGCCUUUGCCUGGGACUUCAAAAGAUCUAGAUUCUACACAAGUUGUUCUGCAGGGUGUUGAAUCUCUCUCGACAAGAAAUAUUGAAUUUUCAACUUCAGAAACGUCAGAUGCGCCUACGCCGAUUAUAGGUAAAAAUUGUUACAAUAGCGUCUGAGGUGGUUGGUACGGUCUGUGACCAAGGUGGAGCCAAUCAAGCCGCAUUAAAUCAACUAAUUUCUAAAACCAAGGAGAGUAAUCGCGAGGAAGAAAGACCGGAAAGUCGAUUUUUUGGGUUUGAGAUUAAUGGGGCUGAUAUCAUCCCCCUUUUUGAUGUACCACACCUUUUUAAGGGGAUACGGAAUAAUUUGAUGAAAAAAGAUUUAACUUUUACACAAAACGGAGAGUGUAAAACUGCUAAAUGGAAGCACAUUGAGCAGUUAUACGCAAUAGAUAAUUGCGAAGAGACAAGAUUAGGUCCAAAAUUGGCGGACGGGCACAUCUUCGAAAAAAAGAUGAACAAAAUGAAAGUGUCUACGAUGGCCCAAGUAUUUAGCCAUACUGUGGGUAGCUUAAUAAAGCGAUUAUCAAAGUGGGAUACGAAAACGGCGUAUAAUGUAGAUGCUGAAGGAGUGCAUACCGGGGAUUUUAUUCUUUUUAUAGACGAAUUGUUUGACAGCCUUAAUAGCAACAAUGCGCAUGCCCCUUCAAACAAACCGCUGAAGAGCGGCUUCAGGAGGAAUUCCCCUCACGAGGAAUUUUGGAGAAAUGCCAUAAAAGUUUUGGAAACUGUCCGCUGGUACAACCUCGAAAAAGGAAUUAAUGUUAAAAUUCCUUCAAUAAUUAAUUUAAUUAAAACAUUGAAAGGUUUUAUAGAAAUCAAACGAAGGUUGACUGCUCGAGUUUCAUACGUGCUUUCUCGAGAAAUAAACCAGGACUGUCUGGAGAACUUUUUUGCGUCCUUAAGAGGACAUGGACGCUUUAAUAAGUCCCCGGACGUUGCUCAUUUUGUUUCAAGUUUUAAAGCGCUCUUGGUGAACAAUUUUUUCUCCAGACAUUCACCAAGAGCGAACUGCGAGGAGGAUUUUUCGACGGGGGUGUUGGGCACAUUAAGAUGUUUCCUGACAGGAGAAGAAAUUGCCGGCAUAUCCAGUCUAGAAAAUGAAGAUUUAGCAAUACCAUCGGCUGAAGGUAAUACUCAGCUUCACCAGCAAAAAAGCCGCGUGGCUAAAGCUACAAUAGCAUACGUAGCUGGAUAUGUCGCCAAAAAAAUUUUACAAAACUAUGGCCAAUGUGAAGAAUGUGUCAAGAUGCUGACACAUUCUGAUGGUGAUGUUCCGAUGGCAGUAAUUGAAGCCAGACAGUACCGCCUGUCAACUCUCACAAAGCCUGGAAGCUAUUUGUAUUUCGUCACAUCAGAAUGUGUCAGUAGAUUGUUAUUUUAUAUUCCGAGAAUAUGCUAUAAACAGUUCAUUUCUGUCCUUUUACGGGAACUUAUAAAUAGUGAACUUGACUUUAAUGUUUUAAAUUGUAACAUACAUCCUACUUUGGGCAAUAGUGUUGUCGAAUUUCAAAUUAGAGUUAUGUUAUUUUAUUGGGCGAAACAAAUAAAUUUGAUUUUAAAAGGGAACAGAAACGAAUUUUUAAAAAAUAAAACUUUACGUGCGACGGACCCUAUCAAAGUUCAUGCCCACAAUAUGUACCUUAAAAGAAAAAAACAGAAUAUUUAACUUAUUGUUUUAUCAUGUAAGUUUUAUUG